CCCUUUACCAUCGUCUCCUUCUUUUCCCUUCCUUAGCUUGUGAAAUUAGAUUAUUAUUAAUCAAAUCUUGAGAUUAGAAUUUAAAUUUCUUUUGAUUUAAAAGAUAAUUAUGGCAUCAUCUCCUCUGGGUAAUGACCAUUAUGAGUCGAAAAUCACAUUCUAUGUUCUUUGUUGCUGGAUCCUUGCUGCUUUUGGUGGUCUCAUGUUUGGCUAUGAUAUUGGAAUUUCUGGGGGAGUGACGGCAAUGGACGAUUUCCUGGUGAAAUUCUUCCCGGGAGUAUACGCGCGUAAGCAGCACCACGCGAGAGAGAACAAUUACUGCAAAUACAACAACCAGUUGCUCCAGCUCUUCACCUCCUCCCUCUACAUCGCCGCCCUCUUCGCCAGCUUCUGCGCCUCCAAGGCCUGCACCCUGCUCGGCCGCCGCCCCACCAUCUUCGCCGCCUCCGUCCUCUUCAUCAUCGGCGCCGCCUUGAGCGCCUUCGCCGAGCACAAGUGGACCCUCAUCCUCGGCCGCAUCUUCUUCGGCUUCGGCGUCGGUUUCGGAAACGAGACUGUGCCGUUGUUUUUGACGGAGGUGGCGCCGGCGCAGCACAGAGGGGCGGUGAACAUCCUGUUCCAGCUGUUCGUGACGGUGGGGAUCCUGAUAGCCAACCUCGUAAACUACGUCACGGCGGCGAUCCACUCCAACGGGUGGAGGGUCUCCCUCGGGGUGGCGGCGGUCCCGGCGGCGGUCCUCUGCCUCGGGUCGCUCUUCAUGAUCAGCGAGACUCCGGCGAGCCUGAUCGAGAGGGAGAAGCUGGAGGAGGCGAAGGAGACGCUAAAGAAGAUCCGGGGGGUGGACGCCGUGGACAGGGAGUUCGAGGCGAUCGUGGCCGGCUGCGAGAUGGCCCGGCAGGCGAAGAAGCCGUUCAAGAAACUGAUGAAGCGGGCGAGCAUGCCGCCGCUGAUCAUCGCCGUCGCCAUGCAGGUCUUCCAGCAGCUGACCGGAAUCAACGCCAUCAUGUUCUACGCGCCGGUGCUCUUCCAGACCAUGGGGUUCAGGACCGACGGGUCGCUGCUCUCCUCCGUCAUCACCGGGCUGGUCAACGUCAUCAGCACCUUCGUCUCCAUUUACUCCGUCGAUAGGGUCGGCCGGAGAAAGCUCCUCCUCCAGGCCUGCUGCCAGAUGCUCAUUUCUCAGAUGGCGAUCGGAGGGAUCCUGGUGACGCACCUGACGGCGACGGGGUCGCUGAACAAGGGGCUGGCGGUGAUAGUGGUGAUCCUGGUGUGCACGUACGUGAUGGCGUUUGCGUGGUCGUGGGGCCCGCUCGGGUGGCUGAUCCCGAGCGAGACGUUCCCGAUGGAGACGAGGACGGCGGGGUUUGCGUUUGCGGUGAGCGCGAACAUGCUCUUCACGUUCCUCAUCGCGCAGGCGUUCCUGUCGAUGCUCUGCGCGAUGCGGGCGUACAUAUUCUUCUUCUUCUCGGCGUGGAUCGUCGUGAUGGGCGUCUUCGUGGUGUUUCUGUUGCCGGAGACCAAAGGGGUGCCCGUUGACUUGAUGGUGGAGAGGGUGUGGAAGCAACACCCCGUUUGGCGGAAGUUCUUUAGGAAUGACAAUGUUAGGACCUAUGAAAUGGCUGCCUAGCUAAUUGUUAUAUAUAUAUAUAUAUAUGGAUGCAUGGUUUUCAUUUAU